GAAGGCUCAAGAACACUUUAGAUAUCAGAUAGAGUGGACUCUGCUCUCGAUUUGUCCUAAAGAAAAAAAUUCUUCCUCGAAAUUUCUGGAUCCUCAGUUUUACGAUGGGUUUCGAUUUGAGGCCACGAUUUCUGAUUCAUAUUCUUGUCAUCUGUCUUACAUCGUCUAGCGUCAUCAAUGUCGCCCAGGGGCAAUCCACAGCAGACGAGUACCUUAUUCCGCACAAUGAUGCCCGAGCUGGGCUGAAUCAAGGCAUACCGAGCCUGACCUGGGACACCACGCUGGAAUCGUAUGCUAGUGACUGGGCCGCCACCAGAGCAGCUGCUGGUGACGACUGCGCUCUCAUACACUCUGGAGGACCUUACGGGGAGAACAUCUACUGGUCCAGUGGACCGAGCACCCCAGCCGAUGCAGUGCAGUUAUGGGUCAGCGAGGAGGCAUAUUACGACUACGCAACGAAUUCGUGCUCGGCCCCAGAGGGCGAGUCAUGCGGUCAUUACACGCAGGUCGUGUGGAGGGACACAGCGGCGCUUGGAUGCGGGUCGGCCACUUGUCUCUCUGGUGCCUUGUUCGUCGUUUGCAGCUACGACCCCCCGGGAAACGUUGUCGGUCAGCUUCCUUACUAGACUUCCUCUAUGAAUAGCUGCGGCCGUCGAGCGACUCUGAGUUUCAUCUUUGCUGAAGUGGUAGACAGUUCGGCACAUGUAUAUCAGUGGACGAAGAUCGAAGGCAAAUUAGGGAGUGGCAGGGAUGAGCAUUUCAUAGGAGGGCACUCCAUCGCUCCCUGCCGUGAGGAUGACAGAGAGUGUUGUGGGAAUCGUGUUUCUGCAUACAGUGCAUUGUAAUUGCUUCAACGCUUGCAUAGUACUGACUGAUAUACUGUAGAUGAGAUUUUAAGUUCGGAUAAAUUAGUACAGCCACUUUUAAGCAGAACUCGAAUCCCUGGUAGGGCAUCGUGGUUGUAACUUGUUAUCAGUCGUUGCGAGAAGCUUGAGGCUGGGAAAGAGCAAACGUCGUCUCUCUUGAGAGCUAAUUGGAUUUCAGAAAGCUAAAUC